AUGUAUUGGAGGCAAAAUACCAGGUUUAUUUUAACAAUAACUCUGGUUUUGCAGAAUAUUAAUUUUGGAGAAGGCCUUAGAAUAGAAGAAGACACUCAUGACCCCAAAGGAAAUGUGGAUGUCAUUAUUCAAAAGCACAGUGCAAAAGAGCGAGGAGCCACCACAUUAAAAGUCUUCGGUGUUAUGAAUCAGAGCUCUGAGUAUAAAAAGCAGAUCAACUUGAAACCAAUUGUACCUUUCACUGGGCUAACAAAGAGUCGAACCCUUAACCGGCACUGUUGUAAAAAUGGAGGAACUUGCAUCCUGGGCAGUUUCUGUGCAUGCCCCGAAUACUUUGUUGGCAGAUACUGCGAGCAUGAUGAACGGAAAAGCAACUGUGGCCCAUUCAUGCAUGGAGAAUGGAUAUGGAAAGGUUGCCAGCUGUGUCGAUGUGGUUAUGGUGUUCUUCAAUGUUUAUCUGAACAAAGACAAAACUGUGCUUUAAAUAAAGAAGAGGAAUUCAUCUAUUUAUCUUCAAAUUGUCCAAGAUUACAGCAAACAAUAUGCUUUCUUAUUCUCCUACUAGGCUACUUUUUCACUUGGUUCUGCACAAAACUUUUCUAUCAGCUUUGA